AUGUCAAGCGUUUUUAAUUAUUUUUUUAAAAAUUUUGUUUUAAAAGAAAAGAGGAAUUUGUUUUUUUUUAAAUAUAAUAUAUUAGAAAGGGGUUACUCUAAGAUAACAAGUGUUAACUUAAAUAACUGGAAUAAUAUACACAAAGAAAUAAUUAACAAGAUUAAUAACAGUGAUUUUGUUUCUAUAGAUGUAGAAUAUACAGGUUUACAUUUAAAAGAUGAAAGAUAUAUUUCACUAGAUUCUAGUUAUGAAGCACAUUGUCAUGGAGCCAAAUCAUUUUUCCCUUGUCAAAUAGGAAUAUCUAUUGCAAAGAAAAAGGAUAUAGUUGAAGAUUUAUAUGAGACUGAUGAAGAUAAUAAUAAAAUAAAAAAAAAAAAAGGUAGUGUAUAUACAAGAAAGGUUAUAUAUGAAAAUGAAAAUAUGAAUAAAAUUUGUAAUAUAGAGAAAAAAAAACAAGAAUGGCAUAUAUCACCAUAUUGUAUUUAUGUAUUUCCUAAGGAAAAUAAAUAUUUCAGUGUAUCAACAAGUACACUUAGCUUUUUAAAAGAAAAUAAUUUUGAUUUUAAUGAAUGGAUAUUUAAUGGAGUCGGAUAUUUAAGACCAAAUGAAGAAGAGGAGAAAAAAAAAAAUAUACUAGAAAAAAUUAAUGAAUUAAAUAAUCUUCUAAGUAAAUGUGACACCAACAAAAAAAAUAUCAUACCAGGAGAAAAAAUACAUAUUGAUAAAAUUAUACAAGAAAUUGAGAAUUAUAAAAUUGUGGAUGAAGAAGAUAAAGAAGCAAUUAUAUGCAUAAUCAAAAAAAUAGGGAAAUGGAUCAGUAAUACUAAUAGUGAUAAUAAUUAUUGUAAUCAUGAAAAGGAUGAGAACAAAUUAAAUGUGAACAAAGAUAUAAAUAUAAAUUAUAUAAAUAAUAAAGACAAAUCUAAUGGUAAUGAUAUUCAUAUUAAUAUUAAUAUACCUAUCACCAACACUGAUAACAAUAAUAAUUAUAGUAUUACUAAUAGUAUUGUUAAAGAAAAAACAUUUUCAAGUUUAAAUAAUAAUUUUAUUCAAAAACAAAAAAAUGAAUUAACAAAUAAUAAUGUUUAUAAUAUAAAACAAACAUUUUCAUCAAUUAAUAGUAAGAUAAAGAAUAUAACAAACAAUAAUAUAACUAAUGAAAAGGUUUAUGAUAAUACUGAAAAGAUAUUUAUUAAGUCAACUAAUGAAAAUGAUAAUGAAUGUUAUAAUGAUAUAGACAAUAAUAAUACCAUAAUAAAUACACAAUAUGAUAUAAAUAAUAUGGAUGAUAUAUCAAAUUAUCCACUAUAUUUAGAAAUAGAAAAUCCAUAUUUACGUUUACUAGCACAUACAUUAAUAACAAAAUAUUUUGAUUCAAUAUUUUGUAUAUCUGUUAAAGUUAAUGACAAAAAACAUUUAGCAGUGUAUCGGACUGAAAAGGAUUCAUAUAAAGAGCAAAUAAGAAACCUUGAACAAGAAAUAGAAAAAAUAAAUCAAAUUAUAGGUGUAAGAUUAUUAUUUGAUGAAAUUAUAAAAAAUAAAAAAAUAAUUAUUGGACAUAAUUGUUUUUAUGAUAUUUUACAUAUAUAUCAAACAUUUUAUCAUGAUUUACCUAAAUCAAUAAAUGUAUUUAAAAAAAAGUGGACAGAAUUAUUUCCUCAUACAUUUGAUACCAAAUAUAUGAAUGAAACAAAUGAAUAUUUAUAUGCUUUAAAUGGACCAGCAACAUUAAAAGGUUUAUGUGAAUAUAUGGCAUCCUUAAUUUCAUCAAGUAAUGAUUUCGAUUUCUUUUUUAAUUUUAUGAAUGACCCAACUGAUUUGCCACAGUGUUUUAUUCCAUUUAUAAAUCCAAAGAGGAUGAAUAAAAAUAAUAUAAUUCACACUGUUACAGAUCAAAAAAAUAAUAUGCUCUCUCCAAAUGAUGGUAAUAAUAUAAAAAAUAAUAAAAUACAAGAAGAAUCAUUAUUAUAUGGGGAAAAAGAUGAUAAUAUUAUAACAAAUAUAAGUAUACAAUUAAAUUCAGAAAAAAAUACAUUAACAAAUAAUAAUAAUAAUAAUAAUAAUAAUAAUAAUAAUAAUAAUGAUUAUAAUAAUAAUGAUUAUGAUGAAAAUAAUAUAAUAUCUGUUAAUAAUACCAAUGACAAACAUAUACUAAACAGUGAUGAGCAUAAUGCUGGUUAUGAUAGCUUAUUAACUUGCUUACUUUUCAUAUUUCAAUGUCAUUAUAUUUUAAAAAAAAAUAAUCUCAUGUGGAAAGAUAUAUACUUUUCCGAAAAUGAUAAAGCAAAUAAUAUGAAUAGUAAAUAUUUUUUUGAUAUAUUUUUAAAUAUGUCUAAUAAAAUAAAAAUUGUAAAAACUCAACCAAAUGUUAUUUCUCUAUGUAGCGCAGAAAAUUAUGAAAUGGCUAGACAUUUUUAUAUGUAUGAUUAUCCACGUUAUUUUAAAAAAUGGGAAAUUAUGAAAAUAUGGUCCCCAAUAUGGAUUACACUAAGUAAAGUUGAUGAUCAGUCAUGUUGGAUAAUAGCUAAAAGUGAUGAUGAUGCAAAAAACAUUAAAAUGAUAUAUAAAAUGUUACAAAACCCACAAUUUAAAUUGUGUACUUAUGAAGAAUAUAUGCAUAAAUUUAAAUCGAAUUGA